AUGGAGCAUCUCCGGGCAUGGCUGAAGGUGGUCCUACAGGUGAGGCAAAUGCAACCCGAGCAUGCUCAGUACUUCCUCACUUAUCUGGCGCAAGGCAUCGGUCGAGUCGGCAAGGACUACUUGAAGAGUUCAGCUGCGCAGCUCCUCAGCAUGCGCGAACUCCAGCUCUUCAGCAACCUGCUGCCAGAGUUCGGAAGCCUCCCCUGGGCGCUGAAGCCCGUGAUUGUGUUGCUCAUCGAGCGGACCGUGCCAGCGACGCGGCAGUUGGCGCUUGUAACAGCCGUGGCCGUCACGGCCAUGCCGUGGUUCUUCCUAAGCGUGUACCCACCGAUGCCAAUGAUGCUGCUGCUCGCAACCGGUCUCGCAUCUCUGGGCUCGGCGGUGGUGGAUGGUCUCACCGACGGAAGGCUGGCUGCUGAAUCGACAGAGGCAUCUGCUGCUGCUCUGCAGUCUCUGUGCCAGACGGGGUACAGCAUCGGUGCUUUUCUCGUCGGCUUCGCAGCUUGGGCCCUGGAGCUGCCGACCCAGCUUUCCCUGAUGGUCACCGCCGCGGCCUGGGCAUCGAUUCUCGUUGCGCUUCGGCCGACUCGCUCGCAGCAGGAGCCGGGCGCGGACGCUGGCUGGCGACCAUUUGCUUGGAGAGAGCUGGCCAAGCCCAACAUAUUGUGUGUGGCUGUCUUGGGCUUCGCCGUUUGCUUGGCUCCAGCUGCUGACACCUUCCUUUAUCGCCAGUUUGUGCUGGGCUUGAAAAGCUCUCAGCAGCCAUUGGUAUCCAUCGCUGGGACAGUUGGGUGGUUCCUGGGCACCUUCACAUACCGGGAGAAGAUAGCUUUCGGCCGCACUGCAACAGGAGCCUUGCGCUUCUCCCUUCUGCUCUGGGCGCUGCCGCUCUUUGCGAAGGUGUUGCUACUGGCUGUGGAUGAAUCUCUGGCGCUUCCUGCGGCCUUGCUGGAGAACGCAGCGAGCGAGUUUGGUAAGGCCCUGACGUUCAUGCCGACCACGAUCCUGCAGCAGCUCCACGCGACAAAAGGCUGCGAGGGCACAGCAUUCACUUUGAUGCAGAGUGGCGGCACCCUGGGCAUGGUGCUGGGACGAAACCUCGAAUGGCGGCUGCUACUGUGGUGUGGAAUUGAUGCCACCGAAGGCGCUGUUGGCUUCUCCCGGUUCCCGGUUGUUAUCGCGCUGGCCGCCCUUUGGCGCAUUCUGACUGCGGCUGCCAUCAUCUGGCUCCUGAUGCCCCAGCUAACGCAGCCGACGGAGCAGCCGCGCAGGAAAGAGAAAAGGGACCCUCCUGCCCAGCAGCUGAUGUAG